AUGUGGACGUUUCAUCAGUCUAGUAAUACUGUAAANGUCACAGCUCUCUUGAACCUCUCUUUACACGACCAGAAUAAAACUGUAAUCGCCGCAGGAGGAGCGAUUAAAUCACUAGUGUGGGUACUCAAGACCGGGACGGAGACUUCAAAGCAGAACGCAGCGUGUGCGUUGCUUAGUUUGGCACUGUUGGAAGAGAACAAAGGCUCAAUCGGAGCAUGCGGUGCGAUUCCGCCGCUUGUUUCUCUUCUGUUGAACGGAUCUUGUAGGGGGAAGAAGGAUGCUCUGACGACGCUUUACAAGCUGUGUACACUUCAGCAAAACAAGGAGAGAGCGGUUACUGCUGGAGCUGUGAAGCCGUUGGUGGACCUUGUGGCGGAGGAAGGAACUGGAAUGGCGGAGAAGGCGAUGGUGGUUUUGAGUAGCCUUGCUGCGAUAGACGAAGGCAAAGAGGCUAUAGUAGAGGAAGGAGGCAUCGCAGCGCUUGUUGAGGCCAUCGAGGAUGGAUCUGUUAAAGGGAAAGAAUUUGCGAUCUUGACGCUGUUGCAGCUUUGUUCUGAUAGCGUUAGAAACCGUGGGUUGCUUGUGAGGGAAGGUGCGAUUCCUCCACUUGUGGGUCUAUCUCAGAGCGGCUCUGUUAGUGUUAGAGCUAAGCGCAAGGCAGAAAGACUUCUGGGGUAUCUUCGGGAGCCAAGGAAUGAGGGAUGUUCAACAAGCCCUUGAAAUGAAACCAUGUGGACGUUUCAUCAGUCUAGUAUGUAUAUACUGAGUUGUAUGUUUGAUGGUUUUGUAUAGCUGUCUUUUAUGUAGACUGUAAAGAGAGAUCAAAUGAUUAGCAGAAACUUGACUGACUUUUUGAUCUCUCAUGUAUUGAUGGUUAAGCUAGUUUUUGAGGGGGUUUCAAGGGAGUGCUUAUUUGGAUUACAAGUCUAGCAUUUUCAGGUUUUGGCUUCUGGUUUGUGAGGUGUGGGGAGUAUGCCUGAUUUUUAAGGCAAAGAAAAGGCUUGUUCAAGAACUAAGCAAUUUUUAAUCGAUAUUUCUUGAUCAAUUGCUUUACUCGAUUUAGGAUCAAUUAUUGUUGGAUCUUUCGAGCUUGUCUGUGGAUCUGUCUGAGUCUGACGGUGGAUUUUGUAGAUGAUUUGUUUGUCAGCAUAUCUGGCACCACUUGUAUUGUCUUGUCCUACAAUAGUAAUUGGUUAUCGUUGAAACA